AUGCUGAACGAAACCACUUAUCCCUCAUCUUCUACACCUUCAUCUCCACCCUACUACGUUCUCUCAUCUGACUCAGAACCUCCUGACCCUCAAUCCCCCACACUAGCUCAACUUCGGGCACGUGCUAUUGCCUCACAGCAACAACCACAAACUGAACCAGAAGCCACCACGCCACCUCCUGAACAACCAGCAAAUACACCAUCGGAACAACCACAAACACCACCCUCUGAACAACAACCAAGUCCACCACUUGAACAAACAACACCACCACCCUCUGUUACCCCCACCAUACCACCCUUUGAGGACCUUAUCAUCCCUACUUCUCAAACUCCCGCUGACACCACCCAAACACCUCCAACAUCUCCAUCCCUCAACCAAGAACCAGAACCUGCCUUCCCCACCUUAGAAGAAGCAAUUACGUUAUUUGCAGAGUCUUCAGUGGAGAAGAUCAAGUCACUGUCUGUAAACUCUGGCAUCAGUGAUGAUUCCUCUGCAGUGAGAAUUCACUAG